GAAACAGAGCGCCAGAGAAGAGCGCAGUGUAAACAGGCUGUCAGAAAAGAAAGUGCAGGGACAUCACUGUUACAGCCGUGUGAGAGCAAAGCGGAGAGCUCACCCAAUGAUAAUCGAGAGAGAGAGAGAGAGAGAGAGAGACAGAGAAAAGGUUUAAUUAAUUCAUGCAGGAUGGGAGGGAUGUCUCUGUUGCUGAGUGUGCUGGUUCCAGCUCUGCCUGAGCUCUGCUGCCUGUAGCGUUUUGUUUGUGAGCCUGUAACGGCACUUAGACCAGCGAGAAGCCCCAUCAGAGAUCACGUAGGUUGAUAGGUCAUCAGUUGAACUUACUGUUAUCAUCCGUCUGCACAUGCCACCUCACAUUUGCAUAGCUCCUCAAAUCACAAUUCUGGCGUGGCACAUAUGUUAAGGACGCCACCUUUGCUCUGCCCUCAACCUCUCGCUCCGUGACAGGGACGCCUUUUUGCCAUCUGCUCAAAAGGAGAAGGAAUUAUGAUCAUACCCGACUUCACCUUCUCCUUCUCAUACCUCACCUGAGGAAAAUCAUCUUCUUCCCCUGUACUCGGCCCAAGCACUCCAACCGGCGAGAUGGGAGACUGGGUGUGUCUGAGCCCAGCCGAGUUCUCCCAGCUACAGCAGUACAGCGAGUAUUCCUCCAAGAAGCUAAAAGACGUACUGGAGGAGUUUCAUGGAAAUGGUGUUCUCUCCAAGUACAACCCUGAGCAGAUGCAAGAUGUUCUCAACCAACCCAUUGACUACGAGGGCUUCCAGCUUUUCAUGACUACCUACCUAGAGAAUGACAUCCCGGAGGAAUUGUGCAAACACCUCUUCACCUCCUUCAAGAGCAAGACAGGAGGAGGAAACUCCCCUGAUGCUUCUCAAUCUGGAGCAGGAAUGCUUGAGCCGAGGUCCAUUGAUGCAGUCAUCUCUAUACAGACCGAAGUGGCCUGUGCACCCAUUACAGUAGGCAUGAAUGGGAAAAGUAUUUUGAGUGCCAUUGGACGACACACACCAGAACACACCGCAGGGAUUACUCCAGGCUCAGGGGCAACCACAUCUCCCUGCUCCUCCCGCUCCUCUUCACAACGCUCGGGCACAGGAGGUCACACUCCCAGUGGACCCCACAGGUCACCCGGCACGCAGCCCAAACACCCAGUAGGCAGCAGCAGCAGUAAUGCUUUGGCCCCCUCCAAGGCCACCAACUCCCCACGCCUCUCUCCAGAGCGAAGUCAAUCUGAAAAGUGCACAUCUCUCCGGAGGAGUCCAUCUCCACAGAAGGCCUCUCCUCUGCCCUCACCUCAAGUGGUCUUCCUGAAGGACAUUGUGUGUUACCUGUCCCUGCUGGAGCGAGGGACGCCAGAGGACAAGCUUGAGUUCAUGUUCCGGCUGUACGACACAGAUGGAAACGGUCUGCUGGACAGUUCAGAACUGGACCGCAUUAUAAAUCAGAUGGUCCAUGUAGCUGAGUACCUGGAGUGGGAUUCUACAGAACUAAGGCCGAUUCUUAAGGAGAUGAUGGAGGAGAUCGACUAUGACCGAGAUGGAACGGUCACACUAGAGGAGUGGAUCAGAGGGGGAAUGACCACCAUACCACUGUUAGUACUGCUGGGAAUGGAGACGAAUGUACAGGAGGACGGGCAGCAUGUUUGGAGACUGAAACAUUUCAACAAGCCAGCCUACUGUAAUUACUGUCACACUAUGUUGUUGGGAGUUCGGAAACAGGGCCUCUGCUGCGCAAUAUGCAAGUACACAGUCCAUGAGCGCUGUGUGUCCAAAGACAUCGCUGCUUGUAUAAGCACCUACGCCAAGUCCCGUAGACACACCAAUGCUAUGCAGCAUGUUUGGAUGGAGGGAAACUCUCCAACAAAAUGUGACAAAUGUCACCGCAGUAUCAAGUGCUAUCAAGGUCUAACAGGCCUUCACUGUGUUUGGUGUCAAAUCACGCUCCAUAACAAGUGUGCGUCCAAUGUGAAGGCAGAGUGUGAUGGAGGCCCUUUAAGAGAUCACACACUCCUGCCCUCAUAUAUCUGCCCUGUUGUUCUGGACCGUCAUUCGGCUGUAAAAAGAGGUGAAGGAGAGUCAUCGCCCACCACCAGCCCAGACGACACCGGUCAGUGUUUCAAGUUUACCGGUGAUGGUCAAGCACUUCAGAUCACCCCUCUGCCGGGAACGCAUCCUCUCCUUGUGCUAGUCAACCCUAAGAGUGGAGGUCGGCAGGGCGAGAGGGUGUUGCGGAAAUUCCAGUACCUGCUCAACCCCAGGCAGGUGUACACUCUGGAUUGUGGAGGACCCACGGCAGGGCUCAACUUUUUUCGGGACGUGCCUGACUUCCGUGUGCUGGCCUGUGGAGGUGAUGGAACAGUGGGGUGGAUUUUAGACUGUGUCGAUAAAGCCAAUUUUGCUUGGCAUCCACCUGUUGCGAUCCUGCCACUGGGUACCGGAAACGACCUUGCUCGCUGCCUGCGCUGGGGUGGAGGCUAUGAAGGAGGCAGUCUGGUGAAGUUCCUCAGGGAUAUUGAGCACAGCACAGAGGUGCUUCUUGACCGCUGGAACAUUGACAUCAUCCCUGACGAUAAGGAGGAGAAGGGCGACCCUGUGCCCUACAGCAUAGUCAACAACUAUUUCUCCAUCGGAGUGGACGCAUCCAUCGCACAUCGCUUUCACUUGAUGAGAGAGAAACAUCCGGAGAAAUUCAACAGCAGGAUGAAAAACAAGUUGUGGUACUUUGAGUUUGGGACCACGGAGACCAUCUCAGCCACUUGUAAAAAGCUGAAUGAGGGGAUUGAAGUUGAGUGUGAUGGCAUCAUCUUGGACCUCAGCAGCACAUCUCUGGAGGGCAUUGCUGUGCUUAAUAUUCCCAGCAUGCACGGGGGCUCAAACCUGUGGGGCGAGACCAAGAAAAGACGAAAUUACAAUCGCAUGAGUAAGAAAGUACCAGAAAGAAUGACCGGCAUCACUGUUACAGACGCAAAGGAGCUCAAGUUUUGCGUGCAAGAUCUGAGCGACCAGCUUCUAGAGGUGGUAGGUUUGGAGGGAGCUAUCGAGAUGGGUCAGAUCUACACAGGUCUCAAGAGUGCUGGAAGGCGCCUUGCGCAGUGUUCAAAUGUCACCAUCAGGACGUCCCGGCUGCUGCCCAUGCAGAUUGAUGGUGAACCGUGGAUGCAGCCUCCUUGCACGAUACGGAUCACACAUAAGAACCAGGUGCCCAUGCUGCUGGGACCACCACAGAAAACACCGUUCUUCUUCUUUAAGAAAAGAAACAGAAGUCGGGACUAGAUAUGAGACUCCAAAAAUCCCUCAACCUUCUACAAUCAUGCAAACGCACGCAAACAUCUCCACCCAGCCUCUUGUUUGUCUUUGGGUCUUGAGGACCCAACGAAAAGGCUGCAAACCUUUACCUUUGCAACAACAAUAAAACAGUGUAACGGGCCUUGUGUGGGCAAUGGACUCCAUCUACCAACAUGGGCUGAUCUUCUCAGUCUGGACCAGUUGAACGGAUUCUCCAUGGGUGUAAUGACCACUUCCUGUGUCUUAAGAACAUCUGCAUGACCUGUAAGCGAUUUAAACUUCCCUCCCUACCAGUAGGCCUUUGGUGGAAUAAGCCCAGGUUUAGCCUAGAAGGACCAUGAAGCAAACUUUCCACAUGAAGGGACUGUACUGAAUUAUAGAUCAGUGCAUGCAAACAGUCAUUCCAUAGCUUCUCCAAGGCCCUACAACAAGCCACCACUAAACAGAUGAAACGGCAAUCUUAUCUAUUAUGAAGAUGUUUCUGAAGGUCCAUGGGUUGUGACAAGUCGAACUGAGCUAGAAGUGAUCCAACAUUUCACUUUUUUGUGUUUUUGGUGUUCACCCUGAGGCCUCAGUAUUGACCAGAGCAAUAUAAUUGGUUGGAUUAUUUAAUCCCAUAAUGAAGUGCUACCUGCUCCAUUUACCCCCUUUUCCACAGAAAUGUUGUUGAUGCUCAGCCAGUGGACCUUAUAAAGCUCCAGAACCGACCCGCAUUUCCACUGACUUGAUGAUGUAACUGACCAUGUUGAUACAUAACCACAACCAAACAUGCCACAUUUCUCUAAAUUGUAUAAUAUAUAGUAUUUAUAAGGUGAUGUUUGUUUAUAGAAAAAAAAUAUUGAAGCAACAACACACAGGAAUUUACCUGCCAACACUGUUUUGGCCGGGAGUCUCCCGUUUUGUUAUUUCUCAUGGAAACUCUCAUAACAUUUGAGACACGGUGAGCUUCCGUCCGGUUCGCGAUCGCAGGUCUCAAAUGACAGAUACGGUCAUAUAUCAUUAUACACCAUACAACUAUAGGCUAUACAAACUAUAUGCAAAGCCUUGCCAUCAUAUCUGGUAAAUAAAUCCAUCAAUUUGAGUAAAAGUACAGGCUUCACUAAUCCUGUGCGAAUGCGCCACAUGAAAUACAGAUGUGGGGAGGUCUUUUCUAUAUCACAUGAGGUCCCCAGAUAAUACUAAUCUUGUGUGAAUAGGUCUUAUGUCUCCCAAUACCAGUUGAGAUGUCAGGAAUUAUUGUUGACACUGCCUGUGAAAACCCAACAAGUUAUAUUUAGCAUUUACUGUUUGGUACAUAAAAUCAUUCUUCAUAAUGUUAAGAGCAUUCUAUGAAAAUAUAACCUUGAUAUCUUUAAUAUUGACAGAGUAAGGCCAUGUCAAACUUGAAAUAAUAGUGAAAUUUAUGGUUGAAAGCAAACUUUGAUGCUUCUAAUCUCAUAAAACUUUAAGAUGGAUUUCACAGACAGGGAUACAUAUUUAAAACUGACUUCAGUCUUAAAACUUCCCUGUCCUCUGUUCUUGGAUGUUGUUGGGUUCAAGAUUACUGACCAGAUUCACGCUAUGGAUACAUGUGGAGCGGUUCAAGACAGGCCAUCAGCACCCUUUUAGUGGAAAAGGGGCAGUUUUGAAUACCAUCUACGUUGAACGAGCCCUUUAAUUUGUGAAUCUGUGUUCUGAAGACAAUUUUGUAGCAAUUACCAAUUAUUUUCCAUGUGGCAUUUUUUCGUUUUACAAAAACGGUGCCCUCUAAAAGCUUUGUAAUUCAAUGAAUGCCAAAUCAAAUCAAACAUGGUGCCAUUACGUUUUAAGUGCAAAAUACUUCUGUAUGAUUCUCCCUGACAUGUUUUAACCUGGCAUAUUUCAUUCAAUCUUGUUUCUCCUAUUACCCUAUAAUAAUAAUACCUUGAAAAUGUGAUUUGACAUGAUCACCCGUUACUGGAGACCGAUCUGAGAAAAGCGAGUCCUUGCGCUGUGGCCUGGAGCAUCUCCAUCCUCCGCGGGCUGUAAUGGAUCCAGCCCUGGUAUUAACACUGAGAUCUGUGGUCCACUCUCACAACAAGCUGCUGCAGUGAGGUUUGAUUUACUGCUGCAUGGACGGAGCCUAAAUUUAACUUCCUAUUUCAGGGAGUGUCUAUCAUGUGAAACACUACUCCCGAUUGCAGUAUGAAAACAUCAGAUCGGGAUUUCAGGUCGACGGUCAAAAGGGAGAAAAGCGGCCCAGGAAAUAGGAAAAAUGAAAAGUUGCUUAUCCUAGGAACAGUGACUCCAUGAUCCGAAAGUGUAAUGGAAGAACAUCAUUUAGCAACAUUAGAACUGAGCGUUUUUAUAUUUAUUCUGUAUAAAAGGGCCCAUAGAAUGUGAUAAAUUAUCCAAAAUAAAGAUGCACACUAUGUAAAGGGCCUUGUGUGCGUAUAGAAAUGUGUUUAAAGGUAUGACUUAGAGGUCAGAGGGAGCAUCAGACGAUAGGAGUGAUACCGAAAGCGUUACAUGAUUGACUGUAGCCAUCAGGCAUAUGUCCCCAAUAUAGCUCAACACAGUGAUCCUAACAUAAAUGUGCUGUGUGAUGUUGGAUGAGAAGAUGGAGCAAUUGCUCAUGCAAAAAUCUGUGUCGGAAUUGUAUAUAUUUCACCAACACAGAACUAGGGUCUUAUCUUGUCAUGGAUAAAGGUUUUGAAACUGAUCUCAGCUCAGGUCUGGGAGAAUUGCAGUCUUUGAGCGGCUCGCAGAUGGCUGAGCUCUUCACAGAGUUUGCAAGUUAAUGUCCCUUUAAAGAACACUGAACCGCAGAAGCUACACCAGUGUCCUAAACAUGACCAUCUCUCCAUAUGACCACAGGGAUAAGUGAAGGUCACAUCCAGUUUAUCAUGAAUAGAGCCCCAUUGUUUCUGUGGUCUUUGGACAGAUGGUUUAUGCUGAAUGACAGUCUGGCGGUUCGGGUUAAGAGUGCAUGUUUACAACUACUUUUCAUUUUACAGUUUAGAAUGAUUGAAAACAGUCAUGUUUAUAUAGAUAUUGUUUAUAUUUUAUCUAAAGUUUGACCACCGCAUGCCUGCUGAAACAAAGACGUCUGCCUGAAGAGACCACGCUGAUUGUUGCCGUUUUAUUAGUUCACACUAAUAAGUAUAUUUUUGACCCACAAUCCCUUGAGUAUCUAUCCACUGCACUUUUCUAAUGAUCUGUUAGUAGCAUGUUCAUUGUAAAUGUACCUCUGUGGCUGUUCUUUGUUAUGUUUUGUAUUUUGUAGGCAGAGGUUUGGCACCAAUAUUGAAUGCUGAUCAAUAGGCAACUGAGGAAUGUCGUGUCGAUGUCACCUUUUGUGUUGUUUCUGUCAAAAUAAAUAACUGAUAGGCUUAACUAACCAAUACAAACUAGCAUUUUGCCUGGAGCAAAGUAAGACUUGCAAUACGAGCCACUGAAAAAUCAACCAAAACUGAAACAAGAGGUCAACAUCUGUUUUGCUGUGUUGCAAUAAUUCAUUGCUAUCAAUGUCAUCAUAACUGCCUACUCACUUUUAGUAGAAAAGGGAUGAAAGUGAAAUACAUGGAUGCUGAUUUGUGGACUGCAUAUUAUUUUUGAUGUCGUCAGAUUUUUUCAAGCUCUUCUAAGGCUGUGAUUAUUGAAUCCUCACAUCACUGUCUCAUUUCUCAUAACAAUGAUGUGAUUUUAUCGGUAAAAACAUGCUGCCUCUUGGGACCAAAUCAGGAAGAGUUAUAGAAGAGAGAAUAAUGAGCUUCAUUAUUAAAAAAAACAAAUUUGUCAAUUAACUAUAUCUGAUAUCCUUGCCACAAGAAAUUGCACUGAGAACAAUUCGAUUGGCCAAUGAAAUACAUCGUCCCAACAAAAACGUCUUAAAGGGAUAGUUCACCCAAUAUUAACAUUCUCCCAUCAUUCACUUACCCUCUUUUCAUUCCAAACCUGUAUGACUUUCUUCUUCAGACCACAAAUGAAGAUAUUUUAAAGUAUGUCGGUAACCGAACAACGGCAGUGUGCAUUCACUUCGAUUGUAUGGACACAAAACCAAUGGGAGCGAAUGGCUCCCGCAGUUGUUCAGUUACCACCAUUCGUGUUCUGCAAAAGAAAGAAAGUCCUACAGGUGAGUGUGGAGUAAAGGAUGACAGAAUUUUCAUUUUUGGGUGAACAAAGCUGUUCAACCUUAAAAAGCUUAGUCUUGGUUGUCUCAGCACAUUGAUACAGAGAGAGUAUUUUUUGACAUUGACAAACUGACACACUUCAGUGAUGAGAAAUCCGACAGAACUGAUGCCCUCAUGUCUUACCUGUCUCUUAGAGACAGCAUGAUUUCCAUCAGUGUAGCUCUAUUCUUAGCUGGGACAGAGGAACAGAAUGGAGCGACAGUGACGCGUAGAGUCCAUAUCAACCGUGAAUGUGAUGUUUUACACGUAUGUAAAACUCACUGUCUUAUUCCUGCCUUAGGGUUAGUGUGGUUUGUAGCAGUCCAUCCGUGUGGUAGGCAACAAAAUUCAAAGACAAAGUCAGAUUCGUGUGUAGAGAUCGGGCCAAAGGGCGAGACUUCAUCGAGCCCGGUUAGCCUCUGUUACUCUGCUUCUUGUCAGCUGUUGGCAUCCAUGUUGAUGGACAAAAGAGUUUUAUUGAAUAAAAGGAGAG